CCAGCGCAAGACAAGCAGAUCCGGUCUAUUACCUAUCGAAAAGACAAUAUAAUAACGACCCCUCUCCUAAAACAUACUACUACUACAAUGGCGGACGUCGAUAUGACUGAUGCGCCAAACACCUCCACCUCCGUGGCCAAGAAAGAGCGCAAGGGCGGUGACGUUGACAGCAAGGGUGAUGCGAAGAAGCGUUUCGAGGUGAAGAAGUGGAAUGCUGUCGCCUUAUGGGCCUGGGAUAUCGUCGUCGACAACUGCGCUAUCUGCCGAAACCACAUUAUGGAUUUAUGCAUUGAAUGCCAGGCAAACCAAGCUUCGGCCGCCAGUGAAGAGUGCACCGUUGCUUGGGGGAUUUGCAAUCACGCAUUCCAUUUUCAUUGCAUAUCUAGAUGGCUUAAGGCUCGACAAGUUUGCCCAUUAGACAACCGUGACUGGGAAUUCCAGAAGUAUGGUCGUUAAGGUCGUAGGACGUCUAUAUCUGAGUAAGACCGCGAAGGACUUCUCUAGGCAACACCGGCCCCAUAUCAUAUCAUGUUCUUAUAGUGCCAUAACACGCUUCCGGGACACUUUAUUGCAGGGUAGAAUCAUGCUAGCAUAGCAGAAUCGAUUUCAUUAGGAUCAAAUGCUAUCCUCAAACCCUAUAGCUGCCUGCCUGUUCCCAAGAGACCCGUAGCUAGACGGUUAGGUACGAAUAAAUGACAUUUCAUUUCGCAAGAAACUUCUCAUCGAUGACUAUAUU